UUUUCUUCACUUUUACUUGCUCUUCUCCACUUCUUUCACCUCGCUGAAACUAAAAAUUAAGAUCCGACCCUUAUAAAAGUGUCAAACGUAAAAUUCUUUCAUGCGAAUGUAUAUCUAGAUGGAGAUAAUGCCGACCCAAAAGGAUCGAAACUCACCAUUCUCGUCAUUAUUAAUAGUAGUAAAACUUCUCAAUCCGCUACUUCACCAUUUCUUAAGUCUCCUUUUUUAUUUCCUCAUCCUCUUCGUGGGUGCGAUAGUCGGAAUCGUUGUCCAUUCCUCUCUAGAAGCAUCACCUUCUGUUUAUUCUCCAACCAUCAAAAGUGCCUCACGUAUCUUUCUCGUUACCUCCCCUCCUCCUUCUCCUUCGCCUUUAUCUCAAAACAACGAGCUCGAAAUGCUUUUGAGGCCACCGAAGAACAUCAUGCACAAUAUGGAAGACAAUGAGCUUUUGUGGAGAGCUUCAAUGGAUCCCAAGAUCAAGAGUUACCCUUUCUCUCGUACCCCGAAGGUUGCUUUCAUGUUCUUGACAAGGGGACCUUUACCUUUGGCUCCUCUAUGGGAAAGGUUCUUUCGAGGGAAUGAUGGUCUUUUUACUAUUUACAUCCACACGAGUCCAUCUUACAACGAGUCAAUGCCGGAAGGUUCUGUGUUUCAUGGCCGACGCAUUCCAAGCAAGAGAGUGGACUGGGGAAACGCAAACAUGGUGGACGCAGAACGCAGGUUACUAGCAAACGCAUUACUAGACAUCAACAACGAGCGUUUCCUUCUUCUCUCAGAAUCAUGCAUCCCUCUUUUCAACUUCACCACUCUCUACUCUUACCUCAUCAACUCCACUCAAACACACGUGGACUCCUACGACCUCCCCGUAAGUCGCGUCCGCUACAAGCGCCGCAUGUAUCCACACAUCCACUUGCACCACUGGCGCAAAGGCUCUCAGUGGUUCGAGCUAGACCGAGCCAUGGCCCUUGAGGUCGUUUCAGACACAUUUUACUGGCCCAUCUUCAAGGCACACUCUCGUUGCGCCGACGAGCACUACAUCCCCACGCUAUUAAACUUGAGACCAGGCCUCGGGUGGCGUAACUCGAACCGGACGCUGACGUGGACUGACUGGGGAAAUCGUCGGUCCCACCCGAGAACGUUUGGUGCGUCGCAGGUAGAUGUGGGAUUCUUGAAGUGGCUUAGGAGGAGUGUUGACGAACACAAUGUAGAGAAUAGGACGAAGCUUUGCUUUCUCUUUGCUCGCAAGUUUUCGCCCACUUCUUUGGAUAAGUUGCUCCGUUUUGCAUCUACCGUCAUGCAUUUCUGAUCACUCUUUGCAUCUACCAUAAUUAUAUGUUAAGUUUUUAAU